AUGAAGCGAUCACUGCGUGUAGGAGAUAGUGUUAAGGCAAAAUACAAACGUGGGACAAAAUAUUUUCCCGGUACAAUCACUCGUGAGCGUACGGAUGGUACGUAUGAUAUUCAAUUUGAAGAUGGUGAUAUUGCAGAGCGAGUAGAUGAGAAAUCUAUUCAACAAGUUGAAAAAGUUGGCGAUCAAAAGUUUAAAUUUCAAGUUGGUGACAUUGUGAAAGCACCUUUUGAACGAAGUAGUAAAUUAUAUCGAGGAAAAAUCUCUCGUGUUCAUAGUGAUGGAACAUACGACGUUGAUUUUGAUGAUGGAGAUAAAGACACGCAUAUUGGAGCGAAAAAAAUUCAAGUUGAAAACUUGAUCAAUACUAAGAAAGUUGUUUUAAAAGCUGGAGAUGCUGUCAAAGCUAGAUUUAAGAAAGGAACAAAUUUCUUUGAUGGAAAAAUCAGUCGAGUUCGUAGUGAUGGAACGUAUGAUAUUAAAUAUGAUGAUGGUGAUGCUGAAAAACACGUUGCUAUUGACUUGAUCGAAGUUUUGGAACGUCAGAAGACGGACGAUGUGGAUAAAAGCAGAUUAGAAAAGUCUUUUCAAAGAUUUAAGAUUGGUGAUAAAGUGCGUGCUCGGUAUAAUAAAGGGAGCAAGAAGGUGAAAGGAGAAAUUAUAGCUGUACAUCGGGAUGAUACAUAUGAUAUUCGAUACGAUGAUGGUGAUAAGGAGAAGCAUGUGUUGAUUAAAGAUAUUGAGUUAGAGGUGGAAGAACGAGAAAGUCGGAAAAUUGCGAGCAUACUCAAGGUGGGUGAGGCUGUAGAAGCCACUUACCAAAACGGUGUCAAGAUGUUUGCUGCCAAGAUUUCUAAAGUUUAUAUUGAUGGCACCUACGAUGUUACAUUUCUAGACGGGGAUUUUGAACAACGAGUAUCUCGAUCUCGCAUUAAAACGAUAAAAGAAAGUGAGAAAAGUACUUUUGUCAGUAAAAAUCAACGAGUUUACGAAAGUGAUCAAAAAGCUGAAAAAAGUGUGCGUGAUGAACGUUUUGAAUCGCAAAAUGAUGCGAAAUCGUCUCAAUAUGAUGGAGAAGAAAAACACUUUGUAUUGGGAGAGACAAUUAAUGCUCGGUACAAGAAAGGAAGUCAAUUCUUUCCUGGAAAAAUUACUCGUGUGCGAUCAGAUGGUACGUAUGACGUACUUUAUGAUGAUGGAGAUACUGAAAUGUAUGUUGAGAAUAAGCAUAUUGAAAGGAAAGACAAAGAGGACAAAGUCGACAAGAAAACAAUAGAAACGUUUACUGUUGGUGAUAAGGUUAAUGCUAGAUACAAGGGAGGAUCAAAGCAUUUUUCUGGUACGAUUGUCAAAGCCAGAAUGGAUGGUACAUUUGAUAUCACUUAUGAUGAUGGUGACAAAGAGCUACGCGUCAAGAGAUCGCUGAUUAAAUCUGUUGAUUAUAAUAAAAAAUCAACGAGUUUCGAAAAAUCAAUGAACGAAAAGGUCGAAAAGUUUGAUGAUUUGAAUUCCGAAAGCAAGACAAAGAAACGAGAUGUUAAUCUGUUUCAAGUUCAUGACGUUGUCAAAGCGAAUUUUAAGCAGAAAGGCAAGUUUCAUCGAGGCAAAAUAAUACGAUCGAGGUUGGAUGGCACGUUUGAUAUCGAAUAUGACAUUGGGGCUUUCGAAAAGCACGUGCUUAUUGAAAAUAUAAGGAUUGACGACAACAAUACAAACGGUGUAGAAGCUAAAGCUUCAACUCCGAUAGACGUCGAUCGGGAACCAUUGCCAACCAAGACAAUUGACACUGAAUCUGAGUCUGAAAAUCAAUGUACGAUCAAAAAGGGAGAUAAAGUUACCUUUCGAAACGCUAAGGAUUUCAAGUCUCGACGAAUUGGGAUCGUGCGUAAACUUUAUACAGACGGGACUUCGGAUAUCAAAUACAGUGAUGGAGAUAUAUUGAAACGGAUUGAGAAAAGAUUAUUGGUUGUGUGCUCCGAUUCCGAAGAUUCCGAGGUAGAAAUAGCAAAUGAGUUGACGAAAAAGUCCCCGAGUUUUCAUCGUCAUGAGAGUGUCAUAUCGUGUUGGCGACGCUCGAGUUCACUCUCUAAACCGCGAAAAACAAAGAACUGGAUUGAGGCAAUCGUGCUUGAGAAAAACUCGGAUGGAACGUAUACGAUUCGAUACAGCGAUGGAGUUGUCGAAGAAGAUGUACCAUCAGAAGCUUUGAAAACCAAUAAUGAGGAGAACGAUAACAUUAACUUAAACGAAUCAUCGAGAACUAAUGAUAUGGUUUCGAAGAGAAAGAAGCGCAUUAAGAAAAGGAAAAGUGGAUUUGGUACCGAAUCUUUAUUUCUACUCGAGCAGCUUGCUAUGACGCUGUUUGAAGAGGGUGUUUUGAGUCAAAAGCCAAAAUUGCAGCUAUUCCAGGGUAAUGACAGUUCAAGCUCUGACACGUCUUCUUCCAGUACUGAUGCCGAAUCUGAUCCAAUGAAAAGAAAUUGCAAGAAAACCGAAGUGGACAAGAUACUUGAACGGCUUUUUGGAUCUGAUUUCUUGCAAAAGUACCGACGAAUGUUUAACGAGAAUGAUAGCAAACAAUCUGGAAAGAUAUCAAAACGACGAAUAAUCACAUUAGUAGAAGAGUUUACAAAGAGCAAUCGAGAUUGCAAUAGUAUUACCACAGUCAAUCACAUCUUGACAGAAUGGUUUGCUACUCAUGACGAUCUUCGAAUUCAUCGACAUUUUGAAUUUAAGACUUUUCUAUUAGCACUUGCUUACACUAAAAGUCGAAUGGGAAAAUUGGCAAUGGAGCAAAGCGUUGCAACGGUGUUAGAAGGCAGAUUUGCAUCUUAUCAUGAGAUCAAGAGACAGCAAGAGAUAUGGCAACAGAAAUUAGGCUACCGUCUUUUUGAAACUCUUCAACGGCAUUUUCUUGAUCAUGCAUUGCCUCAUUUGAUACCUUCACGAAUUCAAGUAUCACAACUUUCUUUAAUCUUUGAUCAAGUUAGUCGAAAUUCCAUACCGAAUAAACCACUUGACGUUUACUUGCAACAAAAACAACUUUAUUCACAUCAUACGCUUCUUCUUCCAGAAUUUCUAUGCUGCUACUUUCAACUAUACGGAUCAGAAUCAAUAAAUUCUUUUCAAUGGAGGAAUGCUGUAGAAUUAAGACCCAUUGCAUUUGUCGCAUCGUGUCUGUUUUCGAAUGGUGAUUACAUUUGCAAACGUCAUGGAGAUCUCGUUCGUAGACUUUCCGUUGGUCGCACACAAGCUCAAGUGGAUUAUAUUCUUAAAUUUCGAGAAAUCUUUGAAUCACUACUAAAUACCGAAUACUCAACUUCUCACGAUGAAAUGCUUUUGGAAACAUCACAAUUGUCGGUAUUUGCUGCACGAGUGGCUUCGGAUCCCAUCCAACUAGAUGCGGCAAUGACAACACUUCGUAAACGAUCCGGAGCGGUGUCUUUGGUCGAAAUCUACGCAACGUGUGGUUUCAUUAUUGAUGAAGUUACUGCUGCACCUACAAUACGAAAUGCCAUUGAUAGACUACGAAUGCGUAAUGAACUAGCUGACGUUCGUCGAAUUAUUGGAUUGAUUCGGAGUAUUUGUGUUAAAAUCUUACGAUUUCCAAAUAAUGCAGAUUAUUGGCGACUUCGUGCAGAUACUAGCGCGUUUCAGCACAAACUUGGACGUUUUGAUGGUGGUACAAGUCUUUUAGAAGCUGUUGGUUUUGUUGAAUAUCAUAAAACACAUUAUGAGUUACGAGGGAUACGAAAUAUAGAAGGCAAACGCGUCAGUGCGCUUGAAAAACCAACUCUCGACUCGUUACGCGAGAAAAGUAUUCAACUUGAUGGUGAACUUGCUCUUGUUGACGGUGUGGAAAGUAUUAGCUCAGUAUUGCAACGAAUCUCUAGAGCGUGUGCUAGCAAAGGUAAAAUCUUUACACCCGACGAAUGUCAAUUGAUUUUAAAAAGUUUAUCCUUGUACAUUGUGAAUAUAUUGAAAAAUCCAAAAGAUUCGAGAUACUGGCGAAUUCGAGAAGCCAACAGUAUUUUUCAACGUCAAAUUGGAUACUUACCGCAUUCUGUUGAAUUGAUGGAUUCCAUUGGCUUUGAUCUCUUGCAAAAUUAUCAUGGAAAUGUUUUUACUCUUCGAGGAACGGGAUUAACGGGAAUAGGAACCAAAAAGUCCAAUUCGGCACAACCUUCAGCAAGUUUUUCAUCCUUUACUUUUUCCAGUAUCAGUAGUCAAAUGGAAUGGUUUCUAUGGCGUCGAAAGCAAGAGAUUGACAGUCUUUUGGAAGACGAAAUGCCUUUUCUUGACGAUAUUGUUGGACACUUUUCUCAAAAUACUUCAAAUGAAACGACAGAAGAUAAUACAAGUCGGCAUGAUAGCAGGAACGAGCAAAAUACUAGUCUUGUCAAGAUGUAUCCUUAUGGCACAAAUGCUAUUGAGACAUUCAAUAAGACUUCAAUUCAAAAACAUCAACUUGAUAUGACACGCUCUGUUUUUAAAAUGAUCGAUUCAACUUCAAAAGGAUAUCUAACAGAAUCAGACUUUGUACGAGUGUUUGGAACACCCGAUAAUCUUCCAAUUUGGUCACGUUUUGAAGCGUUUGAUAUUGGAAAAGAUGGUAAAGUUGAUUUAAAUGACUUUGUAGCAGCUUUGGGUCCCCUUCUUGAUCAUUCUUAUGAGCUUUUAAAAGACAAACGCGGUGAACUUAAAGCAUUUGCAGUUGAUAGCGAGACUAGCCUUUCGUUAUGUGAGCUCACUUCGUUAUCUGUUGGGAAUCUUCGAUUGGAAACAGGCUGUCCAGAUGCUAUAAUAGCAUUAGAAAAUCUACUUCAUCACCUCUAUUGUAUCAUUCAGGAGCCACAAAACUCUUCACUAUGGUUGAUAAAUGACAAGCAAGCAAUUGGAAACAAGUUUCUUCACUUUGCUGCUGGUCGUGAACUUUUACAUCUUAUUGGAUUUCGAGAAAUUUUGUGCACUGGAGACGAAAAUGCUUUGAAAACGGUGAAAAAGUAUCAACUUAAACCUCAACGAGUGCGAUUCAAGACAUCCGAAAUUGCAUCUGAUCUUCCUACAUCUCUUGAUUCAAUUACAUUAACUCGAAUUGAAAGAAUUGCAGCGAUGCUUGCUGGACACUAUCGUGGUAUGAAACUUUUGUCAUUAAGUGACAUCAGUGCAAUAUCAAGAGCGAUUUCAAGUGUAGAUCGUUGUAUAGAGGAUUGGAUACGUGUCGUUCAAUUGGCACUCAAAUGUCUUUUAAACAUUGAAAGUUAUCCAGAAAAUAUGCGAUUUCGAGAGCUCAACACGAGUACAAACACGUUUAUUAACGUCGUUUCUUGUGUAAAUGGAGGUUUGCAAUUGUUUUUCUUUCUUGGAUUUCGAGAAACAACUACAAAAUCUCUAGCACUUCCUUUAGAUGUGACAAUUGAUGAAGUAAAGGCUCGACAUUUCGAACUUGAGGUUGGAUUAGCUUUAUUACAACAACAUUCUACCAAUUCAACUUCCAACACGAUUCGUUUGACGAUUGAAAGAGAUUCCAUGUUAAAACAGCCAAGUGAAAAUCAUCAACAAGCUCAAAGUAAUACAAAUCUGAUUAAAACUUCAUCGGCUCAAGUUCGUCAAGUUAAAACUAAGCCGAUUAUGCUGAAACAACGAUCGCAAUUCGAAAGAAAAUGGAAGAAUAUCACUGAACGAAAACAUAUUCAGCCAUUUUCGAAGAAAAAGACAAUAGUUCACGAACGAAUGAAAGGUAGAUAG